CAAAUAUUCUUUCUUCAUCCAUGCGAUAUACUAGUACUGGUACAUUAAAAAUCAGAAGUAGAAACGAACAACACAUUAGACAGACCAUCUCACGCGAAGGUCGUACACUGUCUCUCUCCAACUUACCGUUAAAAAUAACUUAUUUAUAUAAUCUCGUCGGCGGGGAAGUAUAAUCUCCCGGAGAAAGAGCGACAGGCGCAAUAAAUCCCCCGGUUAAACCGCAUUACAUUAAAAGUCUCGACGACCGUUGACGCCUCGCUAUCUUUCGUUUAUAUUUCAUUUUCUUGCCGUAAUUUCCAACGCUCCUCCUCCUAUUCCUCCUCUUUCUCUCUCAACCGCACUCAAAGUUUUGGGCCUGGAACUGAAGAGACAUUCUCCGUAUCGAGCUUUUAGCAAAAGUCAUUCCAAGUGGAUGUAGUUUUCUUGAAUCAUGGCUGUUGCCGGCUUACAUAACGUUUCUGCAUUUGACCAUUCUGCCCUUGGUGAAUCUCGGGCAUCCACUGUUCUGCAAAUAUGGAGGGAGAUGGAACAUAUGGGGAGUGAUACCCCCACCAGAUCUGGAGAUAGAAAUGGCAUGCUAAUGAGUGAAUAUGAAAAUUGCAACAGGAAAUAUGAGCCCAUUGAUCUUGCGGAGAUUGAAAGGCAAAGAGUCAGACAAGUGUUUCUAGAGUGGAUGACUAAUGGUGCAAAGAUCCAUACACUGAAGCCAAUCAAGGGACAGUUAAGAGAAGGGUGUUUUGAAAAUGGAGAGUGCCCGAGAAGCAAUGGCUUAAGAAAACUAUGUGGCAGACAGGCUCUUAUUGAUUUACUGCUGAAGGCUCAGAUGCAGCGGAAAAGAGAACUUCAAUGUUUGAUGGAGGCCCGACUUGUUACGGAAUUUGCUCAUCGUAAGCGCAUCGAGUCACUGCAUAAAGGUAGAUUCUUGCAUGAUGAAAGAUUGACGUGGGGUGAAAGAGUUGCUUCAGUUGCAGCAAGUGAACUAGGUCUUCUGAGACAAAGGCAAACUGUAUCCUGUUUGAGGGAAGAAUUUUCCAGGAUGGACCAUAAUAAUCAUGGUCACUUGUUCGGUAUUCUAUCAAAGGACUCUUCUAAUGUUGAACAUCAUGUUCUUGCAAAGGUAAACUCUCAACGGAACAUUGGACUAGAGGUUGCCAAUGAUUUGCAUAGACAAUCUGAGCUUGCAAUCAUUGCAUAUGAUAUUCCAGAGGGGACAGUUGGGGAAUCAAAUCAUCAUGAAACUUUACAAACUGCCGAAACACCAGAGCAACACUUAGAAUGUGAAAACAGACAAGAAGAGGCAUUAUCUAUACCUGAUUCAGGCGCUAUUGAAAGUUCACACGAUAUUGUUGCAAUGGAGGAUGAUGAAGGUCAAAUCACAGAAGAUCACGAUGCUUUUGAUGAGUAUCAUGACCAAAGUGGCGAGUCUAAUGAUCACAGAACUUAUGGUGGGAUGGAUGAUUGGGAAGAAAACUCGAUUGACAGUUUAGACUGGCAAGGAAAUGUUUAUUGCACAGAGCUAAGAGAACUACUCAGCAGGAGACAUGUUUCUAAUCUACUGCUAAGUGGUUUCCGUGAGAGAUUAGACCGGGUGAUGCAAUCUUAUGUGGAGAGGCAAGGGAUGGCUUCUUUUGACUCGGCAAUGGAUGGGUCAACAUCCUCCUUUGGUUCUAUUGACCAUGGUCAACAUCAGGAAAAUUCUGAUCAGGAUGAUGGUCACACAAAUGAUAUAGAGAGAAAUCACUUUCCCUUGUCUUCUCGAGGUUCUAUAUCUCUGCCUCUUUGGGGCCAGGAGUUGCAGCACAGCCAGCACUCAAAUAUGAUUUGCCUGAACCUUCAUCCAUGUCCAGAAAUGGACUGGGAAAUCAUAAACGAGUUGAGGAUUGACAUGGAUAGGCUUCAACAGCAGAUGAACAGUAUGCAGAGGAUGCUAGAAUCAUGCAUGGACAUGCAAUUUGAAUUGCAUCACUCAGUACAGCAUGAAGUUUUUGCGGCUUUACACAGAGAUUCUGAUUCAAAAGAUACAUGUGAAAGCAGACUUUUGAAUGAAGAUUCCAAGUGGGAUUGCGUGAGAAAAGGAAUUUGCUGCAUAUGUUGUACACAGAGAAUAGAUUCGUUGCUCUACAGGUGUGGCCACAUGUGCACUUGUAUAAAAUGCUCAGAGAAACUGGUCCAGUGGAAUGGAAAGUGCCCAAUGUGUCAGGCGCCAUUAUCUGAGAUGAUCCGCUCUUGCCCUACACAAUAAUUGAAAUAUCAUUGGAAGGGAAAAAGCUCUGAUCCUGCAGCCUUUCCUGGUUAAUGUCAAAGAAAUUGAGUAUAAGCUAAUGACAGGGAAAAAGCUCUAAUCUUGCAGCCCUUCCUGGUCAAUGUCAAAGUAAUACAGGCUAAUGAAAGCAAAAAGGUCUGAAGCUGCAGCCUUCCUGGUAAAUGUCAAAGUAAAUUAAGCCAAGGAAGGGGAAAAGCUCUUUUUUUAGCAACUGUUAAUUUCUUUUGGAGUGAGGGUCAGGUAUGGGCUACAAAGAGCCAAACCAAACCUGGCUCUCACUCACUCAUUUAAAAAUUUUCUUAUACACAGAAAACUUACAUUAUUAUAGUCAUGGAAGAAUGGUCAAUAUAGUAACAAUGAAUAAUGGAAUGAGCUCUGUUUUCAACUCAACCUUGACCUCACUUACACAGAAGUCCAAGGUUUUAUGAUGGCUUGUAACAGUUUACUGCCUGGGUGACUGGGUGUGCAUAGUGCACUUGAAUAACAUGCAUGUAUUGAAGAUGCUCAAACUCAAAGUAGUCUGAAAUAUGUAUAUGGUCAUUUCCUAACAUGUUGCCUCUUUUUCCUCUAUCUAAUAAAUUUAUCAUCAUUAACCAUUGAA